CUCCUUAUGGCGAACGACUGAUGCAUGAUGUGAGAAAGUACACAUAGACCCCGUAUAUAAAAGCAGCCGGCACAAUAUUCCAAUCAUACAGCCUUCCUCUCCUCAUACAAUCAACAUGAGGGCCUUGAUUGUCCUGAGCGCCGUCUGUUUGUGCGUAGCUCUAGCUGCGGAACCCGAAAAAAAAGAGGUUGCGCAGGAGACUAAAAAACAAGACAAACGCGGUCUCAUCGACAUUGGCGACCAUGGAUUCGGAGGACACGAUUUUGGGGGUGGUGAUUUUGGUGGACAUGACUUCGGUGGCAGUUAUGGCGGUAGCUACGGAGGUAGCUACGGCGGUGGUCAUGAACACCACGAACAUGUCAAAACUGUUGUGGUAGAGAAGAAAGUUCCAGUACCAUACACAGUUACCAAACAUGUUCCAUACACCGUUGAAAAGAAGGUACCUUAUGAGGUCAAAGUGCCAGUACCACAACCCUACACUGUGUACAAGAAGGUACCAGUGCCGGUUAAAGAGUAUAUCAAAGUACCAGUAGUUGUUCCUCAGCCUUACGAAGUCAUCAAGAAGGUACCAUACGAAGUCAAAGUACCCGUACCACGCCCAUACGAAGUCAAAGUGCACGUACCACAACCUUACACUGUCGAGAAGAAAGUACCUUACCCUGUCAAAGUCCCAGUACCACAACCCUACACCGUGGAGAAGAAGAUUCCUUAUCCAGUCAAAGUAGAAGUACCAUAUCCACAACCCUACACUGUAGAAAAGAAGGUCCCAUACGAAGUCAAAGUACCAGUAGAUAGGCCUUACGCUGUCCAUGUACCAAAACCAUAUCCAGUUGUUGUAGAAAAACACGUUCCAUAUCCAGUAGAGAAACCAGUACCUUAUGAAGUCAAAGUACCAGUCGACAAGCCUUACCCAGUUGAAGUACCAAAACCAGUACCUUACCACGUCAAAGUACCUGUACCCCAACCCUACACCGUUGAGAAGAAGAUCCCAGUUGAAAUCGAAAAACCAGUACCAUACCCAGUUAAGGUACAUGUCGACAAGCCCUACCCUGUGAUAAAGGAGAUCCCAUACCCCGUAGAGAAAGAGGUACCAUAUCCAGUCAAAUCCCACGAAUCCCACGGACAUGGCUGGGACUAAAACUUUCGUCUGUGUUAUCCCAUUGAUCUCCUUCAAAAAAGGACACAAGAUAUCAUCUGAAUAAGUUAUUUGUUAUUUCUCUUCUUGGAUGCCAUUAUGCAAAAAACAGAUGUUCAAGUCCUACCACUGGAACAUGAAGAAACAGCGUAAAUGAUGAUUUGUUAUGUUGCGUGUCCAAUUUUGUUGAGUUCACUGAAUUAGUCUUCAAUUGAUUGUUAUGUAAUUACUAUAUCCUUGUUGAUCUACAUCUUGCAACGUUAAUUUCAUUUCGACAUUUGUUCAUUAUAAAUCACUUCCUUGAGUCCUAAAAUCGUGAAGCGUGCAGUAUUAUUACCUAGAAACUAUGUUAAUUAAUAUAUUUAUCUACUUUUAUAAAAAUAAAAUACUUCUACAUUAA